UCCAUACAAUCUGCUCGCAUUGUCACACGCUGUGUGUCUUCAAGUCUAAUUGUAUCUCAGUCAUCCAUUAUUUGAUAGAUGUAAUCGCAUAGACAAGAGGUUUUUUUCCCCUAAGAAUGCCGAUAAUCACACAUUAAAUGUAUUACUUUUGGGGAACGGUGACGCAGUGGUUGGUGCCAGUGAGCUGUGUUCGACGAUUGUCCAUGGCUUCGCCAGUGGCAGUGAGAUCUGAACCGACCCUGGGCACCGUCUUUACUGGGCCGCACUGACGGGCAUGGUGAAGUGUGGUCAAAUAUCCACAUGACAUGGGGAGGUCUUAAUCCAGCAGUGGAGUGAUAAAAGAGUGAAUGGGCCGGCUCGACGGCAAGGUGGUGGUCCUCACGGCCGCGGGCCAGGGCAUCGGCAGGGCCUGCGCCAUCGCAUUUGCGAAAGAAGGGGCCAAGGUGAUUGCCACAGACAUCAAUGGGGAAGCCCUGAAGGAGUUGGAGCAAAUCCCAGGCAUAGAGGUUGGAGUCCUGAAUGUGACGAGCAAGGAUCAGAUCGAGGCUCUCGCUGCCAAGAUUGACAAAGUGGACGUCUUGUUCAACUGUGCAGGGUUUGUCCACCAUGGAACUAUUUUGGACUGCGAGGACAAAGACUGGGAUUUCACCAUGAACCUCAACGUUAAGGGGAUGUACUACAUGAUCCGUGCGUUCCUACCCAAGAUGCUGGCUCAGAAGUCGGGCUCCAUCAUCAACAUGGCAUCUGUGGCAUCCAGCAUCAAAGGGGUGGCCAACCGCUGUGUGUACAGCACCUCGAAGGCGGCCAUCAUAGGACUCACAAAAUCUGUGGCUGCGGACUUUUUAACGGAAGGCAUUCGCUGCAAUGCUGUCUGUCCUGGCACGGUGGACACUCCUUCACUGCAAGAGCGCAUCAAUGCCCAGCCUGACCCAGAAAAGGCGAGACAGGACUUCAUGGCGAGGCAGAAGAGCGGACGGCUCGCCAAGCCAGAGGAGGUGGCUCACCUCUGUGUCUAUUUGGCUUCUGAUGAGUCUGCCUACGUUACUGGGAACGAGAUGGUGAUUGAUGGGGGAUGGAGCCUGUGAAGAAGAAUAACAUUUGCCUUACAUAAUCAGAUUUUUAUUGCAAGCUUAUUUUUAAUUUGUCGUGCAAUUAUGUCCACAAUGUAAUGACACAAGUAAUGAUCAUUUCUGCAAUGUAAUUAAAGCAAUCUGCAUGUAUUGCCUCAUGUCA